AUGACAGAUAGUAAUCUUGGCUCGGUAUUCAUCAUUGGCGGUUGUGGGUUGCUCGGUCACCACAUCGUCAAAUACCUGCUCGAAUCUGGCGACGCGACGUAUAUUACAGUCUUUGACGUCUCGACAAAAAAUAACCGCUACGAAAAUUCUAAGGUUGAAUACAUCACCGGCAGUAUUACCUCAAAAAAAGACGUCCUGGAUGCCCUUAGAAGAACGAAUACUGAGGUCAUCAUCAACACAGCCUCUCCAGACCCAUUAGUACCUGUUCCUCGACUGCUCGAAGAGGUGAAUAUCACCGGUACUCAAAUUGUUCUCGACUGUGCUAUGGAGUUGGGAAUUAGAAUUCAUGUGUACACCUCUAGCUCUGAAGUUGUUCAACAUUCUUACGAUGAUAUUCUUAUGGCAAACGAAACCUGGCCUCUUCCUGAGAAUCCAGUUGAUGGAGCCGUCUAUUCUAGGACGAAGAAGAUUGGAGAGGAACUUGUUCUCGCAGCAAAUGGCAAGAACUGCCUCCUCACGACUGCAAUACGACUUUGCACCCUUUUUGGAGAGGGCGACAGAGUUCUCACGAAGCAUAUGAUUGAAAUGGCACAAGACGGCAGAGCGAAAUAUCACGUUGGCACUGGCAAAAAUCUCUACGACUUUAUCUAUGCCGGAAACGCAGCCGAGGGACAUGUCCUCGCUGCAAAGAAGCUCUUGGAGGCUUCGCGAGCAAAGGAACCCAUCCCACAAGAACUCAGAGUCGACGGUGAGGCUUUCUUCAUGACCAACGAUGACCCAUGGCCAUUCUGGGAAUUUUCUCGGUUUGUUGCAGCCGAAAUCGGAAAGCCAAUCCCCGACUCCCAAAUUUGGACCAUCCCGCUGAGCGUCGUUUGCUUCUUUGUGAAGAUCAUGGAGUGGGCUAUUUGGGUCGGCACCUUUAGAGAAAAACCAAGCAUCACCACUGAAAUGCUCAAGUACACGGCAGAAAUCAGAACAUUCGAUGUUACCAAAGCAAAACAACGACUCGGCUACCGCCCUCGCGUGGAAAUGAAGGAAGGGAUACGACGGGGAAUUGCUUGGCACAUGGCUCAAUUCCAGGCGAAGAAAACCUCUUAA